UUACAUUUACCUUGGUUAGUUUUUAUUACUGUCCAUAGUUGUUGUAGUAAAGAAUUUAUUCUGGUUAAUAAAAAAUUUGAAAUCCGGUUUCAGAAUUUGUUAUAACAAACCGAUCAAUUUUACUAUAUAGUAUAGUACUGUGGACUCUAACAAACACAUUAGACCUGGAAUUGGAGUUGAAAAAUCAUAGAGAGAGAAAUCACGAGCAGUGGAAAAAGAGAGAUGCAUGGUUGUGGUAUUGCAAUCGUAGAGAGGAAUUAUAAUCCACUUUCUUGUAUCCUUGAGUUUGAUGGUGCAGCCAGUGGGAAUCCCGGACCAGCUGGUGCCGGAGCUAUACUGCGUUCUGAAGAUGGGAGUCUGCUCUAUCGAUUCCGCGAAGGACUUGGUUAUCAAACAAAUAAUGUUGCUGAGUAUCGUGCACUGAUUUUAGGACUGAAACAAGCUCUAAGGAAAGGAUAUAGGAACAUCACUGUCUACGGAGACUCCGAACUUGUUAUCAAUCAGUUGAAAGGUUUAUGGAACAUCAACAAUGCUUAUUUAAGGAACUUAUGCAAUGAGGCUUUGGAGCUAAGGGAUAACUUUCACUUGUUCAGCAUCUUUUACAUUCCUAGGGAAUAUAACGCUGAAGCUGAUGCACAAGCAAAUCGGGCCAUCUUUCUUGGAGACGGUCAAGUUCAAGAAGAUUGCAUGAAUUAACGAUCAUCCGACGGCAUGCCACUGUCAAAAACUAUUGGCAACUAUGUUACAUUUAUGUCUAGCAAGUACUUCAGUUUAGCAAAUUGGUGGUUUCACAUGUGAACUGGCAUGUCAAAGGUCAAAUAUUGUUUGUAAUAUUGUAAAUUUGAACAUGCCUAAUGUGUAGAUGCCCACUAUUAGCAGUUUAGGGACUUAAAAAAUGUUGUCAUGCAUGUUGUUUGGAUCUUAUAUAUGCACAUUUCUAAAUUUCUAUUUUCUAUGUUCAUCUGAAAAACACUUUGAUGUGUGAUAA